UAACUCGGGAAGGAAACUUCUCCAGUUUUGAAAGACCGUACUAGCGAUAUAUAAAAUAGCCAUCAGCGAGAUUUCAGCACACUCUUCUUCAGUGAACGAUUCACACGGAACCAUGUUACUAACAACUUUGUCUCUUUUCACUCUCUUAUCCCUCUCCAAUGCUGGGUUGCUGAGAUUUGAUCCUAGGAUCGUGAACGGAGAGGAUGCUAAAGUAGGAGAAAUCCCCUACCAGGUGUCCCUUCAAAAUAAGGACAGUUCGUUCCAUUUCUGUGGUGGAUCCGUUCUUAAUGAAAACUAUGUUAUCACCGCCGCUCAUUGUGUCGAUGGCAAAACAGCGCCAAAUAUCAAGGUAAUUGCUGGUACGAUAAAUUUGACUGCUCAAAAGUCUGAACACAAUGUUAUGAAAAUCAUCAUUCACGAAAAAUAUAACAAAACUGAUUCAUGGAAGAACGACAUUGCUCUGCUCAAGGUCGAGACACCAUUUGUGAAGUCUGGACAAACUGCCUUUGUUUCACUUCCACCAAAGAACCAACUUGUUAAAGCCAAUGAUAAGGCAGUAGUCUCUGGAUGGGGCAGACUUUGGCUAGAUGGCCCCAGAACCGUUCGCCUACAACGUGUCACCAUCUUGAUCGCUGAUCAAGAGUUCUGCAAAUACACUUACAAAGGCAGCCAAAACAUUUAUGAUUCGCAAGUUUGUGCUUACGAUCCAACUGUAAAGAAGGGAGCAUGCAAAGGUGACUCUGGUGGUCCAUUAACUGUCAAUGGAAUACUCACUGGUCUCGUAUCUUGGUCAAGGGGUUGUGCCCGUACUGAAUAUCCCAGUGUCUAUACACGUGUGUCAGCUCAUAUUGACUGGAUAACAUCGCAUGCCGUUUAAAUUCGACCAUCGAGAUAGAAAUCGUACGUAACAAAAGGAAAUGCGACGAGCUCAUGACGAUCAGUCAUCAUUAUGACGAACUCGUGAGCGUGAAGUGAAAUAUUUUCAUAAUUUGUAUAAUAAAUCCGAUCGUCUUAAAGUAUUAUUCUUUUUACUGUACCAGAAAUAACAAUACAUCACUUAUCUAAUCAUAAUAUACACUUUUGGAAUAUUGGAAUGAAUCCAUAAAAAUAUAUUAAAGGACAUCUAAAAUUAAAA